CGGAGGAGACCUACGAACGCGGAUUCAGAAACACAAAAUGAGAAGCCACUAGCCACAGAGACGCAGAGAGAGAGAGAGAGAGAGAGAGAGAGAGAGAGAGAGGGGAAAGAGGGACAGAGAGGAUUUUGUCUCUAUAUCCCAGUCUCACCAAAGUCAGGACUCGGGAGUCGGAAUUCAGGCGGGAUAGACACAUAUCAAGAAAGAAUUGUAUAGAAAUUAAAAAAAGAAAACAGAGAAGCUGUAGGUUGGAUCGUUUAAUUUCUGUGAGAUCAUGGUGGCCGUAGGAGUAAAUCUCAUCCAAGUGAGUACUAGUAGUAAUAAUCUAUAUGUGUCUUCCCCGGUUUCUCUUCGUCGCCCGAAGCUCUCGUCGUCAGUCGCCGGGAAACGCAAAGCGAUAAGGAUACGGGCGGAGGCAUCAAUCACGGAGUCGUCAGUGGAGAAAGAUCCCAACUCUCUCUCAGAAUCAGACUACUCCUCUUCUUCGGAUUCAGGCGUCUCAGACAACGGGAGGAGCGUAUUAGGGAGUGUGGAUAAGAAGAAAAAGAAUUACAAAUCUGAAAUUGGAGUAACCAAGAUGCCUUUGGACAACGAGAUAGAGAAGGAACGGCGGUUGAGCAUAGAGGAUUACUUGGAAGGGACGAAGGAUCUAAUAAGCAGGAAGUGGGACGGAGAUGGAAGAGCCCCACCUCCUCGUUGGUUUUCGCCUCUGGAGUGUGCUUCUCGAUUGGACAACUCCCCUCUCCUGUUCUUCUUGCCAGGAUUAAUGGAAGCAUAUCAAGUUAUGGUUAAAAUGGCUGCAAUCUGGUGCAAGUCAUGCUUUCACAGGUUCCUGGGAGCAGUUUACUGUAGUCAGUCCAAGCCUUUGGCAUUUUUAGCACGUGCAGACUUGAACCUGCAUCUUUGCACUGGAAUUGAUGGUGUUGGACUAGGACUCAUUUUGCACCACCAAAGACUAGGGAAGAUUUUUGAUAUAUGGUGCUUGCAUAUACCCGUGAUGAAUCGAACACCAUUUACAGAACUGGUACAACUCAUUGAGAAGACAGUUAAGUCAGAGCAUUCUCGUUCACCAAAUAGACCAAUUUAUCUUGUUGGAGAAUCUCUUGGAGCUUGCCUUGCACUAGCUGUUGCAGCCCUUAAUUCCGAUAUUGAUCUUACACUGAUACUGUCUAAUCCAGGUAAGUCAGAGCAUUCUCGUUCACCAAAUAGACCAAUUUAUCUUGUUGGAGAAUCUCUUGGAGCUUGCCUUGCACUAGCUGUUGCAGCCCUUAAUUCCGAUAUUGAUCUUACACUGAUACUGUCUAAUCCAGCUACAUCAUUCAGACGUUCACAACUGCAAACACUAACUACCUUACUGGAAGUCAUGCCUGAACAGCUUCCCUUUAGCCUCCCUUACAACACGAAAUUAUUUGAAGGUGAUCCCUUGAGGAUGAUGAUGGCUAGUGUGGGAAAAGGACUUCCUUUUCAACAGACAGUUGGAGAAUUGUCAGAGAGUCUUGGUACAUUUUUGCAUUGCCUUUCUGUGCUUCCUGACAUUUUACCUAGAGAAACUCUUCUCUGGAAGCUGCGCAUGAUCAGAUCAGCUUCAUCAUUUGCCAAUUCACGUCUCCAUGCUGUUAAAGCUCAAACAUUAAUUCUUUCCAGUGGAAGGGAUCAGUUGCUUCCAAGUCAAGAGGAAGCUGAAAGGCUUCGUCACACACUGCCUGAUUGCCGAAUACGUAACUUCAAGGACUCUGGUCACACUCUUUUCAUGGAAGAUGGUGUUGAUCUGGUAACUAUUAUUAAAGGUGCUAACUUUUAUCGUCGUACAAGACAUGUCGACCAUGUCCUAGACUAUGUGCCACUGACCCCUUCUGAGUUCAAGGAAGCAUCUAAAUCAUACAGGUGGCUUGACAUAGCUGCUAGCCCUGUUAUGCUCUCAACUUUGGAGAAUGGAAAAAUAGUAAGGAGCCUUGCAGGAAUUCCUUCUGAGGGACCAGUUCUGUUCGUGGGCUAUCACAUGUUAUUGGGAUGGGAAUUGUCUCCACUUGUAUGCAAAAUUUUUUCUGAAAGAAAUAUUCAUGUCCGAGGAGUAGCACAUCCAUUGAUGUGGAAUGAAGCUGAUGGAAUGAUGCAAGACUCAUCCGCAUAUGACACCUACAGAGUUAUGGGGGCUGUUCCCGUCUCAGCAACAAACUUGUACAAACUUUUCGCUACAAAAUCCCAUGUCCUAUUAUACCCAGGAGGUGUACGUGAGGCUCUUCAUCGGAAGGGUGAGGAGUACAAGUUAUUUUGGCCAGAACGCUCAGAAUUUGUCAGGAUGGCUGCUAGAUUUGGGGCAAAAAUCAUACCCUUUGGUGUCGUUGGGGAAGAUGAUGUCUCUGAAGUAGUUCUUGAUUAUGAGGACCUCAUGAAGAUUCCAUACUUCAGAACUCAAAUAAAAGAAUUAAAUAAAGAUGUUGUGAGGUUGAGAACUGAUGUUAAUGGGGAACUUGGAAACCAAGACCUUCACCUCCCAAUAGUUCUCCCCAAGCUCCCGGGCCGCUUUUACUACUUGUUUGGAAAGCCAAUUGAAACAGAAGGGAGAAAAACGGAGCUAAGAGACAAAGAGCAAGCUCAUGAACUGUAUCUAGAGGUGAAGUCAGAAGUUGAGAAUUGCAUUGCUUAUUUGAAAGAGAAGCGAGAAAAGGACCUAUACAGAAAUAUACUGCCCAGGCUAGUUUACCAAGCCACCCAUGGCAUUGAUUCUGAAAUUCCCACAUUUGAACUAUGAAUGGCCCAAUUGAAGCCUGAAGGUGAAUUGAAGCAUAUCUUCUCUGCAACAAUCGAUGGCAUUUUUUCGGUGUACAGAUGGCCUCAUUUGGGGAUCAUGAGGAUCAGACCACAGUUAAUUCAUUCCUUGGAAAUGGGCGUCACCCAAAAGUAAUAGCAGGCAAUCACGUGAUGCUCGAUUACAACUAAAAACUACCCUCAUUCUGUUUCGAAGAAUUUAUUUCAAUUAAUUUAUCGAAUGUUGAAGAGCUUAAAUUGAUGAGGAGAACGCUAUUAUAGCUGCAAUUCUGUAUCUCCAUCCAUCUUGAAGGAAAAGGUCCCUAUAUGACCCCCUAUAUAUAUGCCAUUUGAUGGUGUAUUUUUUUUUU